AAUGAAAUUAAUGAAAUGUGUCAAAAGAUAUUCUACGAUAUUCGUAGCAGAUCUAACGACUUCGGUUGGUCUCUUUUAUUUAUGGAACAAGGGAUAUAAACAUUUCGUUCCACUCGCGUCUCUAUGUGGCAUUGGUGCUUCUUACCUAUACUGUCGCCUAAGAUCUCGAGCGAAAAUAUCCUCGAACCAUGCGAUUGUUAUUACUGGCUGCGGCUCGGGAUUAGGAUACAGUCUGGCUCUGCAUUGUCGGGAACUUGGAGCAACUGUAAUUGCCGGUGUAUUGCAAAUGGGUUGUCCUGGGGCUAAGCGACUGGAAAGCGAAGGCGUACUCGUUUACCCUCUGGACAUCACGCUGGUUAAUAGCGUUGAAAAUUUCGCCAACUCCGUUCGAACGAUUUUGACGGAAAGGAAUUUAACGUUACGAUGUUUGAUCAAUAACGCGGCUGUGAUGAUCUUCGGUGAAUUUGAAUGGCAAACGGACGAGCAGCUGAGGAAUCAAGUGGAAGUGAACUUGCUGGGUACCAUGAGAAUUACUAGAGAACUGAUGCCGUUGAUCCGCGCCCACUUUAGCCGGAUUAUCGUAGUCUCGAGCCACUGUAACGAGCAGCCGAUUCCUGGUGUAGCGGCUUACAGCGGGACCAAGGCUGCUCUCAGCGCUUGGGCCUCUGCCAUUAGAGUGGAGUUGAAGAAGUACGGUGUCAAAGUCGUUUGCUUUGUUCCUGGUUCAUUCGUUACGGAGAGUAACAUAUUGGCACGACAAGAUGAACACUUCAAGACGAUGAAGCAGUCGAUGUCCAGCGAAGCGGAAACCUUUUACGACGACUACUUUGCCAGAUAUUCGCAAUAUUUCUCAUCUGUGGCUCAGGGUGGCAAUUUGGAAAAGCUACGGGAUUCUGGUAUUUACGAAGCCUUCGAAGGUGCUCUCCUGGACAAAUAUCCAUCGGCAGUUUACACGAAUGAACCAUGGCGAUACACGAUUUACCACACCAUGUUUAGGAUCACGCCCACCUGUUUACGCGAUCGACUAGUCGAGAAAUUCGUACAGGGUCCUCCAUGGAAACAGGAUGUUGCGAAAUCUUCGACACACCAAUAAUUUCCAACGAGCUGCGAAAGUUUCAGUGUCUCUACGAAUAAAAAUGAACAGAAGGUCCGCUAUUUUAAUGUUAAGAAAAAAUAUGGGAAUAUGGAAUUGUUAUGUGUUAUACUGAAUAAAUUGAUUUCUUUAA